AUGGCAUCACACAGUGCAAAUUCGUUGACAGGCUCCUUCAGCACUCUCGUCAAACGUGCUAGCGGGAUCGCCAUUGCUCUCACCAAUCAGCACGAGGACGGUCGUUAUGCCACUUACGGACGUGGAGCCUCUGUAACGGGCGAGGUCUCGUUGAGUUCUACGCAUGGCAUUACAUCUGUACAGAUCACCCUCGAAGGCAAGGUAGAGAUGUCACUCAAUAGCAUGACCAUGCCUUAUCCCAAGGUACUGAGUCUUUCCUCGACCUUAUGGGACUCUACGAGGACAUUAGACUGCCCCAGCACCAUCCCCUUCGACCUUGUCAUACCGCAGACAUUCCUCGAACCGAAGACGGGCACAACAUACCCUCUACCUCCCUCAUUCGAUACGGCUUUCUCGCUUUCGGACCUGCACGUCUCAUGCGCCUACAACUUAAUUGUCCUCGUCAAUCGAUCUCGCUGGACUCCCAACAAGAUGUUGACCAUUGACGUGGACUAUGUUCCACGCAACCUGCCUUCUCGGGUCAUGCUUGAUGAACCCUUUCCGUUUUUCGAUACCGUGAAGUCCGCCCCGGAGGAAUGGCGCCAGAAGAGUGCCAUACUAUCUCCCAAACCGCACGCACCGGUGGGCCCGGUUCACUGUGAUUGGUUCACACCAUCUGUGCGGGUCUUCGCCAAGCGGGACAGAGUUCCUUUCUUCCUUCAACUCCGCGGAGCGGAAUCGAGCAUGAAGUCACUGUAUGGUUACGUAAAACAAGGCCGCGAAGAGGGAUGGACUCAGCGAUUUAGACGCGUUACGCAAGAUGCUCACGUCGCACCUCGGAUUACACUCUCAAUCCAGCGACAAGUGCUGAUUGACACCAGUUCCGGCGUCCACAUAGCGCGAUCAUACCCCAUUGGGACUGGCUCAUUGCGGCAGGUUCCUCCGGGAUACGCGCUCACAGCUCUGAGUGAAAUAGAUGUUUUGACGGUUGAAUACGAGGGAGAGAUACGACUCGACCCCGGUCUAUCUGCUGCUGGUUUCGAUAUGGGCACACUCAGAGUGUCGGACUUCAUAGUACUCACAAUUGAGCCUCCUGAAAGCGCUGGAAGCUAUUAUGAGAACCUCCGUCAAGUGGACGGUGUGCGUAUUGUAACAGGUUGA